CCCUCUGGUGUAAUGUUAUGUAGGCUAAGCGAUAAGAAAACAAAAUGUUUACUGCAAGGAAGAAAAUCCAGAAGGAAAAGGGUUUGGAGCCAACAGAGUUUGAGGACACUGUUGCUCAGGCAUUCUUUGAUUUGGAGAAUGGUAAUCAGGAGCUGAAGAGCGACUUGAAGGACCUCUAUAUCAAUUCGGCCAUUCAAAUGGAUGUAGCGGGCAACAGGAAAGCUGUUGUUAUUCAUGUUCCUUAUAGGCUUCGGAAGGCCUUUAAGAAGAUUCAUGUGAGGCUGGUCAGAGAAUUGGAGAAGAAGUUCAGUGGGAAGGAUGUGGUUCUUAUUGCAACAAGGAGGAUACUCAGACCUCCAAAGAAAGGUUCUGCUGUUGUGCGCCCACGCAGCCGCACUCUCACUGCAGUUCACGAUGGCAUCUUGGAGGAUGUUGUCUACCCAGCUGAGAUUGUUGGGAAGCGCAUAAGAUAUCGUUUGGAUGGCUCCAAGAUCGUGAAGAUAUUCCUGGACCCAAAGGAACGCAACAACACGGAGUACAAGCUGGAGUCAUUCACUGGUGUCUAUCGAAAGCUUUGCGGAAAGGAUGUUGUCUUCGAGUACCCUCUGACCGAGACUGCAUGAAAUGCAGCAUGCAGCCCUAUAAAUCAAGACAGUUUUGUUGUCGUCUCAUUUAGUGUCGAAUUUCUUGAAGAUUUGAUGUUUAGUUAAAUUAUGCCAAAGAUCAUCACAGAAGCUCAUCCUGAUCCUCUUGAUUUUAGUUUUUGAGCUUGAAACCAUUUUAAAGUCUGUCAUUCUCUCUUUACGCUGCAGCAAUUUUCAGAUUGUAACACUAGUUAAACUUGGAUCAUGAUUAAUGAUCAUUGAGAUUUGCUCCCUUUUAAGAUA